CUUCGGUGACAGCGGCUCCUGACUCAGCCCGGCGCUGGUUUCAUCUCGCGAUCCGCUGGAGCCCCGCCGCCCACUCGUGCCCCCGGCCGCCGACGCGCGUCUCCUCCACCUUCGGCCUCGCAGCCCGGGGCCCGAGCCGCUGCCGCCCGGGGGGCCUCGCUGGCCCCUCUGGCUGAUGCUGGGAAGGACCGCGGACCCGGGCCAGCGGCCGGGUGCGGACCUGCGGCUCCUGAGGCCCGCCGCGGGCGCUGCGGGUUCUUGCGCGCCCCAGGCUUGCCAACUCCUGCCCGGGCUUGAAUGGCCCCCCCUGGCCGAUAAAUGUGGCUGCUGAGGUGGUCGGGCCCGUUGCUGCGCUCCAGGUUCAGCUCUGCCCCGGGGCUCCGCGGCCCCACCUCGGGGCCGUCGCUGCCAGUUCCUUACCCUCCGGCCCUGGCCUUGCAGUGUGGCGACCAUGGACAAGAUCCUGGAGGGGCUGGUGAGUUCGACGCACCCGCUGCCGCUAAAGCGGGUGAUUGUGCGCAAAGUGGUGGAGUCGGCGGAGCAUUGGCUGGACGAGGCGCAGUGCGAGGCCAUGUUUGACCUGACCACCCGGCUCAUCCUGGAGGGCCAGGAUCCCUUUCAGCGGCAGGUGGGGCACCAAGUGCUGGAGGCCUACGCGCGGUACCACCGGCCGGAGUUUGAGGCCUUCUUCAACAAAACGUUCGUGCUGGGCCUCCUGCAACAGGGCUACCACUCGCUGGACAGGAAGGACGUAGCCAUCCUGGACUACAUUCACAACGGCCUGAAGCUGAUCAUGAGCUGCCCGUCGGUGCUGGACCUCUUCAGCCUACUGCAGGUGGAGGUGUUAAGGAUGGUGUGUGAGCGGCCAGAGCCACAGCUGUGUGCCCGGCUGAGCGACCUACUGACCGACUUCAUGCAGUGCAUCCCCAAAGGGAAAUUGGCCAUCACGUUCUGUCAGCAGCUGGUUCGAACGAUAGGCCACUUCCAGUGCGUGUCCACCCAGGAGAAAGAGCUGCGGGAAUAUGUCUCUCAGGUGACAAAAGUGAGUAACUUGCUGCAGAACAUCUGGAAGGCCGAGCCCUCCACGCUGCUACCUUCCUUGCAAGAAGUGUUCGCAAGCAUUUCUUCCACAGAUGUAUCCUUUGAGCCUUCUGUGGCAUUGGCCAGCCUCGUGCAGCACAUCCCUCUUCAGAUGAUCACAGUCCUCAUCAGGAGCCUUACCACAGACCCGAAUGUGAAGGAUGCCAGUAUGACCCAGGCUCUCUGCAGAAUGAUUGACUGGCUCUCCUGGCCAUUGGCUCAGCACGUGGAUACAUGGGUGAUUGCACUUCUGAGAGGCCUGGCAGCUGUCCAGAAGUUCACUAUUCUGAUAGAUGUUACUCUGCUGAAAAUAGAACUGGUUUUUAACCGACUCUGGUUCCCUCUUGUGCGACCUGGUGCUCUUGCUGUCCUCUCCCACAUGCUGCUUAGUUUCCAGCACGCGCCGGAGGCCUUCCACGUGGUUGUUCCUCACAUAGUUAAUUUAGUUCACGCCUGCAAAUGUGAUGGCCUGCCUUCCAGUGCAGCCUUCUUAGUGCAGUUGGCAGAGUUGAUACACUGCAUGAUGUAUCAUUAUUCUGGAUUUCCAGAUCUCUACGAACCUAUUCUGGAGGCAAUAAAGGAGUUCCCUAAACCCAGUGAAGAGAAGAUUAAAUUGAUUCUCAGUCAAAGUGCCUGGACUUCUCAAUCCAAUUCUUUGGCAUCUUGCUUAUCUAGACUUUCUGGAAAAUCUGAAACUGGGAAAACUGGUCUUAUCAACCUUGGAAAUACGUGUUACAUGAACAGUGUUAUACAAGCCUUAUUUAUGGCCACAGAUUUCAGGAGACAAGUAUUAUCUUUAAAUUUAAAUGGGUGCAAUUCAUUAAUGAAAAAAUUACAGCACCUUUUUGCUUUUUUGGCUCAUACACAGAGGGAAGCAUAUGCACCUCGAAUAUUCUUUGAGGCUUCCAGACCUCCGUGGUUCACCCCCAGAUCACAGCAAGACUGUUCUGAAUACCUCAGGUUUCUGCUGGACAGGCUCCAUGAAGAAGAAAAGAUCUUGAAAGUUCAGUCCUCACACAAGCUUUCUGAAAGCCUGGGGUGCAGUGAAACUUCUUUGCAAGAGCUGGCCAGUAAGACGGCUGUCCUGACAGAGACCACUUGCACAAGUGAUGCUGAGAAGACUUUAAUAGAAAGAAUGUUCGGGGGGAAACUGCGGACUCACAUAUGUUGUCUGCACUGCAGGAGUACCUCACAGAAAGUGGAAGCCUUCACGGACCUUUCGCUUGCCUUUUGUCCUUGCUCUUCUGUGGAAAACCUGUCUUUUCAAGUUACAGCACCAUCACUUAGUACACUCGAGGAUGGCCCCAGGCCAGCCAGCGUUCCUGGGCCUUUGCAGGACCCAGGAGGUUCUAACCCAGCAGGCGCCUUGGUCUGUGACUCAGCGGUGACAGAAAGCAUGGUAGGCAGCCCCCCAGACGAGUUCUGCUGUGCUGAGAACACCUCUGCACAGGUGGAUGAAGCCAGCAGCAUCCUUGUUAAUGAAGAUGUACCUCAGAAACCAGGAAGUGACUCCACACCUUCAGUGACUGACCUGCUAAAUUAUUUCUUGGCUCCAGAAAUUCUUACUGGUGACAACCAGUAUUAUUGUGAAAACUGUGCCUCUCUGCAAAAUGCCGAGAAAACUAUGCAAAUCACAGAAGAACCUGAGUACCUUAUUCUUACUCUCCUGAGAUUUUCAUAUGACCAGAAGUAUCAUGUGCGAAGAAAAAUUUUAGACAACGUGUCAUUGCCACUGGUGUUGGAGUUGCCAGUUAAAAGAACUACUUCUUUCUCCUCGUUGUCAGAAAGUUGGUCUGUAGAUGUCGACUUCACAGAUGUGAGUGAGAACCUAGCUAAAAAAUUAAAGCCUUCUGGGACUGAAGAAGCAAGCUGCCCCACACUGGUGCCCUAUCUGCUUAGUUCUGUCGUUGUGCACUCUGGCGUGUCCUCCGAAAGUGGGCAUUACUACUCUUAUGCCAGGAACAUCACGGGAACAGAGUCUUCGUACCAGAGAUGCCACCAGGCUGAAGCUCUGGCAUUAGCUUCCUCCCAGAGCCGUGCACUAGAGAGAGAGAGCCCCAGUGCGAUCAUAGAGCAGGAUUUGGAAAAUAAAGACUUAUCAAAAGAAUGGUUUUUAUUUAAUGACAGCAGAGUGACAUUUACUUCAUUUCAGUCAGUCCAGAAAAUUACCAGUAGGUUUCCAAAGGAUACAGCUUAUGUGCUUUUGUAUAAAAGACAGAACAUCACAAAUAGUUUAAGUGGUAGUGAUUCAGCCAGUGGACUCUGGGUAAACGGAGACCCGCCUCUGCAGAAAGAACUGAUGGAUGCGAUAACGAAAGACAAUAAAUUAUAUUUACAGGAACAAGAGCUGAAUGCUAGAGCCCGGGCCCUGCAAGCUGCAUCUGCCUCCUGUUCCUUCCGGCCCAAUGGAUUUGAUGACAAUGACCCACCGGGAAGCUGUGGACCAACUGGUGGAGGGGGUGGGGGGGGAUUUAAUACAGUCAGUAGACUCGUAUUUUGAUCCCGAGUCUGCGAAAUGCACUGAACACAAAACAUCCAAUCCUAUGACUGUUAAAGUGUCAGACUGUAACAAAUACCUUAUCUAUCUUCUAUUUUUCUUUUCAUUAGACCCUUAUACUUUAAGAAAACACACUCAGUGUUUGUUUUUAUUUUCUUGACAAUACAUUUGUUAACAAAUGCAUCAUGGGAAAAAAAAAAUCUACCUCUUUAAAUUCCAUUUGCUUUUAUGGUUAGACAUGCUUGACCAAAAAUUUUUAGAGGAAAAUAAGUACCUGGUCCCUAAUUAAGCUGCAUUAAAUUUAGUAGAGGCAUUUAAAUGAUCUAAUCGUUAAAUCUUAUUAAACAAAAGAUAUUAUUCAUUUAGUAUCUUUAUGAAAGAAUUGAUGUUGAGGCAAAAGAACUAUUGUUUAAAGAGAGAAAAUGCUUUGUUUCCUGUACAGUUACCCAAUUAACUAUACAAAUCUUUGAAAAUGCUAGAGAUGAUACGGUCUCUGAUGAAGGCAAUAACAAUUUAUCAAGCUAUAGUAUUUUUCAGAUUUUUGUGUUUAGUGCUGUCUUCAGCAUCACUGUAUCUGUAUUUCUAGCACAAAUGUUUAAAAAGAUUAUUUAUACAUAAGUGCUGAACUGAUUUUAAGAAAGGUGCAUGAUCCUGUAGGAACAUUUUUAAAAAUUGCUAACUUUGUAGUCUUUCUAAUUGUUUAAGGAUUUUAAAAUUCUAUUUCAGGGAGUAUAUAUAUAUCAUCUGUGUGUGUUGAAGGAGGUGAGUUCUGUAUGUGCCUUGCAGUACCGUAAUUCAAAAAUAGGGAUCUUUGACUGCGGAAGUUUUUUUUUUUUUUUUUUAAUGAACUGUUAGGAAUUAAUUUUUUGUGCUAACAUUAAAAUUAUAACUUUUGAAAAGUAUUAG